UUUCUAAACAUAUCCAACUGAACUCAGUGCACUCAGUCUCUCGAGGGGAAAACAAGAGUUGCCUGCAGCAAAGCGUUGGGAACAGGAUCAAGAGGAACUUAGCCACUGGCACAGGAAACAGCAUGAAUUCGAUGACUUCAGCAGGCCCCACGGCCAAUUCUGUGUUUGUGGUAACACCCCAAAACGGGUAUCCUGUGAUCCCAGGGGGCAUGCCUCAGGUGUCCCUUUAUCCAAGCAACCAGCCCCAAGUCCACGUAAUUUCCAGGAGCCCACCUGGUUUGGAGCCAUCUGUGACUGUGCAACCUGCCCAGAGAGCCUUGAAAGAAGGCAAAGCCUUAGGGACCGUCCAGAUCCUGAUCGGCCUGAUACACAUCGGCCUCGGCUUCAUCAUGCUGACUGUCCUUUAUGGGUACUAUGUAGCUAUCUCAUUCUACGGAGGCUUUCCCUUCUGGGGAGGCGUCUUGUUCAUCAUUUCAGGAUCCCUCUCAGUGUCAGCAGAAAAUUAUCCAAAAUCUUCCUGCCUGCUGAAUGGCAGCUUGGGCCUGAACAUCGUCAGUGCAAUCUGUUCUGUGAUUGGAAUCAUACUCUUCAUCACAGAUUUGAGUCUCAUCCACACCUAUGCCUACCCUGACCAUUUUCCUUACCCAGACACCUGGGGUGUGACCCCUGGAUCAGCUGUUUCUGCUGUGCUGCUCAUCUUCUGCAUUCUGGAAUUCUGCGUUGCAAGCACCUCUUCCCACUUUGGCUGCCAACUGGUCUGCUGUCAACACAACAACGUGGGCGUCGUCUACCCAACUGUUUGUGUGUCAAACCCAGUGGUCAUCCCAGAACCAGCGAACCCCCCGUCAACUUAUUCCAACCUGGUCCAGGUCUCCAAAUAAGCAAAGCCAAAGGUUCUAGAAGCAUCUUUCACUGGGACCAAAUGAAGAUGUCCCCUUUCUGGGCUACUGAAUCCCAAGUUCUUCUUUCCCUUACAUUCUAAGGGAUAUGUCUUUCCAACUGCAUGCAUCUGGACUUCAUUCAAUUCAGCAUGGUAAAUCGUGCUGUUCCUCUAUUAAAAAGGAGACAGGAAUUUAAAGUGGAUUUUAGCAAAGAGGUCUUCCCUAGGGGGAACAUGGGGUCUUUGUGUGUACAUAUUCCUGUGCUUACCUGUGUGAGCUUGUGGGCUAGAGGAACAAAAGUCUAUACAACCCAAGCUUCAUCCUUCUAAUCAUUCAUUCGUUUAAUAAAUAUGUACUAAGCAUUUGA